AUGGACGCCAGGUCUGCGGCCUCGGAACCUCAGCAUUCUUAUCCCCCAAGCCCCUGGACGGCGACUUCCAUAGUCUCUGCAGAGUCAAUCAGCAACGGGGCUGCGCACUCGCAAUCGUCGGAAAGUCCCCCGGACGCAACUGCUCACCCCGUCCCUGCUGGGUCCGCUGGGCCGUUUGCCCAGCUCGACUUCCUUCCCUUUCUCUUUCCCCAGCAAAACAUCUACCACGCACAGCUUCUGCACUACAACAAGCUCAUCUCGCCCUCGCGCGGAGGUGGACUCCAGACACCGCCGCUGCCUCACGUCGUGUCCUCCCCCCAUGUGCAGGCCGGACCCCGAUCAAGAUCAUCUAGCAGAGUUUCCUUGAAAGACGGAUCGGCCAGCAAGGGAGCCGCGUCAGGAGGCAAUGGGAACCGCUCGCAUCACAACUCCGACAAGACCAACAGCCCGGUUGUGACGCCUGCGGACACCGCUUCCAAAAUGCCCCCAAAACAGUCAUCCGAGAUAUCGAGGAGCGUGCCUCAACGAUCCAAUGCAGCAGCUUCCUUAACCCACGGACAGUCCCAUUCAAACUCUGUGCCGUCUACACCUCAUCAGCAUGCUCGACAGUUUUCUUUCGAGUCACGAGAGCCCUCUCCAACAGCCGCCAACAACCAUUCCCCCAGAUCGGCGUACUCAGAAACAAGCAGCACACUACCCUCACUGCGACCCCUGCCACCUAGGCUCGGCGGAUGCAAAUAUGAGACUGCUCAGAUCAACUCGAGACGGAGAAUACCAUACUCUGUGGGAAGUGACCGACUGGAAAAGCUGGACUUGCGAACUGUCAAGAACAAGUUGUCGGAGGACGAGGAGAGGAAACUAACCACGGAUAUGCGCGAGAUAUAUAAUCGUUUAUUACCGACUGACAAGGUUGAAGACAAUCGGAAAAAACUGGUGCAGAAGCUGGAAAAAAUAUUCAACGACGAGUGGCCCGGCCAUGACAUUUGUGUACAUUUGUUUGGGUCGUCGGGCAAUCUUCUAUGUUCGGAUGACUCGGAUGUGGAUAUUUGCAUCACUACUUCAUGGCAAGAGUUGGAAGGGGUUUGCAUGAUUGCUGAUCUUCUCGCAAGGCGGGGAAUGGAAAAGGUUGUUUGCAUAUCUGCGGCCAAAGUACCCAUUGUCAAGAUCUGGGAUCCUGAGCUUGGUCUGGCCUGCGACAUGAAUGUCAACAACACUCUUGCCCUCGAAAAUACCAGGAUGGUCCGGAUAUACGUCGAAGCCGACCCUCGUGUUCGUCAGCUAGCAAUGAUUAUUAAAUACUGGACCAGGAGGAGAAUUAUCAACGAUGCUGCUUUCGGUGGCACGUUGAGUUCUUACACGUGGAUAUGCCUUAUUAUCGCAUUUCUUCAACUCCGCACUCCUCCAGUCCUGCCCGCAUUGCAUCAAAUGCCGUACAAGAUGCCGAGAUCGGAUGGGACCGCUAGCGACUUUGCAGAUAACCUCAAGAAGAUCAAAGGAUACGGCAACAAGAACAAGUCAUCUGUCGCGGAGCUGUUAUUUCAAUUUUUUCGAUUUUAUGCCCACGAGUUCGAUUACGACAAGCACGUUUUGACCAUCAGGCAAGGGAAGCUCCUCACGAAGCAAGAAAAGAGAUGGAAUUAUGCCGUGAAUAACCAGUUAUGCGUCGAGGAGCCUUUCAACAUUUCUCGAAAUCUAGGAAAUACUGCCGACGAAUAUGCGUUCCGAGGUGUGCACUUGGAAUUGCGCCGUGCGUUCGAUCUGCUUUGCGAAGCAAAACUUGACCAGGCGUGCGAGCAAUACGUAUUUCCAAAGGAGGAAGAGCGUGUAUGGACACGACCAGCCCCUCAGCCCCGACCAGUUUUGCUCCGAAGCUCAUCACAGACACACUCUGGUCGUGGUGGCCGAGGAAAUCACAGAGGCGGCCGUCACAACAAUAAUUUUCACAGGGGCGGAGGUGGAUCGAACAGAAGGGCCUCCUCGAGUAUCCCAACAUAUGAUCCAAAUAUGUUUGUGCCAUUGGCUAUGCAGCAGGACAUGUCGUGGCUCCACACCCCCCAGUACCCGUUUCAGUAUACUCAACAGGACCUCAUGACACAAUUCGCCUAUCAAGAGCAAUUGCGACACUUUCACAACUUGUAUGCGCAGGGACCCUUCCUUCCACACCAAGUGCUUGGCCAACAGCAACAAAGGUUACCUGUCAGCCUGGGUUCCGGUCAACAGCCAUCGGAACGGUCAAGAACGAAUUCAUUCGACAAUGUUCCGGUCACGGCGCCGCUGCGACCAGAUUUGUAUGCUUUGUAUGGCGUGAACCUAGGACACACCUUUCUCUCGCAAAAUGGCUACGGAUCGUAUCCUUCGACACCUGCAACCACGAGCAACCACGCGGCUCAAGACUUCCGCCGAUCUCUACAAAGAACCACAAUCUCUACCGAGGGAGGGGCGUCGACGUCGAGCAGUUCAGUCAGGUCCCAAUCGCAACCAGCACGGAGGUCGCCAUCCGCCAGUGCAGGUGCGGGCUAUCAACCGGGCGGCCAAACUCUGACAAGCGCAACCAUGUCUGCGCCGAGACAUGCGAACGGCAUGGCAAUUCCAAACUUUAUGCCAGACGAUGCUGAUUUCGAUGAGACACCCAAAGCCGUAUCUGGGUCGCCCGAAUCUGUAGACACCAAGUCUUCUGGAUUCUUCCAAACCAGAGGCCUGAGUCCGACUCGGCCUACUCAACUUCAACAACCACCCGCCCCACCGCCACCGCAGCAGCAGCAGCAUCUGUCCAACGGAAUUGCCUUUGGCGACCUUGGCACGAGUUCUUCCAGUCCUGACAGACGACGCCUCUCCACAGACCAGCUUCCACAGACGCUGCUCGACCGAAGGAUACGCAGAGCGUCCAGGUCUCCAUCGCCUCUGGGACAUGCCCGUGCCUUUUCGGUCGGUGGGGCUUCUUCCGCCCCGUCGGCAUCUGCCCCGUUCGCCGGCAGUCAGAGCAGCAAAGUCUCGUCGAGACCGCUGGUGGUGAAUGGCUCAGGGUUGAGAACCGCACAUGCAGUUACCCCGCCUGGCCAAACGCUCAGGGCGGAAACAUUGGGAUCUGAUGACUCGCCAGCGACCAACAUGGACAAUGCCUUGCACAUCAACACAGUUCCCAUCUGGCCUGCACAGUCUCUCGUUUACCCUGCAUUGCAGCCGCUGGCAUCCCGCCCAGCCCACCAAGCGCCUUCGCCUCUGCCGUUGGACCGACCGCCGAUUGUAGUAAAUGGAUCUAGCCCGCCGUUGUCCAUGCCACUCUGUGCAGAAGACGCCUCAUUCAAGGACCGCAUUACAUUGAUGAACUCCAUCUACCUGACCCGUCAGCUCAGCCAACAGGAAGCCCCAAAUGGCGCCGCGGCUCGUCUCUCGCCAUCCGCCAGGCAACGCUUGAUGUCCCGACAGCCCCAAAGUGGCGUCAUCGCUCCGCUGGACCUAGCAAUUGGUGACCACCGGGUGGCCAAACCUGCGGGAGUCGAGGCUGUCCACCUCUCUCCUGUCUACGAAACGCGACUACCCUCGCCAGCCGCGCUUCGAAAGCAAGAGCCAGCCGCGUCGGCCCCAACAUGGCCGCCCAACAACAAGCCACUUGCAAAGACUGAAACGAGCAAGCCCCCUCGUAUGGAGCUUUCCAAAGAGACACAGCAUGGUCAUGACCAGCGAAAUCCCUCGCUUUUCGAGGCAGAUGAGCUUCAGAAGGGCCAAAAACCAUGCGUGGCAGCGGGAAAGUCUGCGUCGCAGCGAGAGAAUGGGCAUGUGCGCGGCGCCAAGAGUGAAGGUGACGGUGGUUGGCACAAAGCUUCUGGCAAAGGAAAAAAGAAGGCCUACAACGCGGUUUUAACAGAGCCUUCUCAAGCCGAACUCCCACCAAAAAAUGGAUCUGAACGCAAAGGCGGUUAG